AUGGCUCCAUUGAAGAGCGAUUCUCCCAUCUCUCGUCGCAUCGUACGUUCCUUCUUGGAUUUCCUCAACUCAGUUGAACCAGCUUCUGGUGUUGAUCUUGAAAGCCUUGAGGUUGCAAAGGAAUGCUUGCAGGAGACUUUUAAGCUUAAUAUACCUGCUACUGAUGAUUGGAUUAAACCCGUUUCGUUGGUUGAUAUUUUUAGUUCACUGGAGUUGAACAAGCUUCAGGAGAAUAAUUCUGAUCAUGGUCAUGGAUCGAGCUCAGUUGAUGCUCCUAGUUCAUCAGCCGCUCAGGGUUCUGCCGAUGCCAAUCUUUCAAAGGCAUCAAAAUCUCUGGGUGAAGAUUUGACAAGUAAAGACCAUGCAUUAGGGGAGUCCAAAGAUGCACUCUUUGGGCAAUUCUUUUCUGCCCUUGAGAGAAGUCUCUAUUUUAAGACCUUGCCUGAUGGUAAUGAUGACCCAGUCAGAUUAGACAAAGCGACUAAUUUAUUCCAUGAUGCUUUAGCUGAGAUGGAAAGAUCUGGAUGCUGGGAAUUCAGUCCUAAAAAUCUGGCAGAGACCUUGAAAUCACAAGGUAAUAAGGCCAUGCAAUCAACGCUGUACCCCAAGGCAAUUGAGUUGUAUGACUGUGCCAUUGCACUUUGUGAAAGUAAUGCUGUUUACUACUGUAACAGGGCAGCGGCUUACACUCAGAUGCACAAAUAUACUGAAGCAAUCAGAGAUUGCCUUAAAUCCAUUGAAAUCGACCCCAAUUAUAGCAAGGCAUACAGUCGUCUGGGAUUAGCUUAUUAUGCACAAGGGAACUACAGUGAUGCUAUUGAGAAAGGAUUCAAGAAAGCAUUGCUAUUGGAUCCGGGCAAUGAAGCUGUCAAAGAAAAUAUACGGGUGGCUGUUCAGAAAUUGAGAGAGGAACAACAACGAGCAGAAUCUGGUCAGAACACAAGUUCGUUUAGUAGUAGCAGUGCUUCAGAACACCCCAACCAGUCUACAGGAGGGUCGAGAAGCCAUGCUGCACCUCCUCCGUUUGGUUCUAUGCCGUUUAACACAGGUGCUCUUCCUGCUGAAUUUGCAAAUAUGUUUAUGAACAUGGCUGCAAAUGCGUACCAAGGACAACAUUCUCCAGAUAACCAAGGAGAUGAUAGCAGUACCGAGGGAUUUGAUGAACCAGGAAUAAGGAUUGGGGGUAACAUCAAUUUCAAUUUCGGAGAACAAAUGCCCGAGGAACUAAGCGGAGCUUUGAGAUCAGUGAUGGAAAUGUUUUCCGGAACAACAGCAUCUCAGGGAAAUUCACAAGAUACUACAAAUGAAAGACCAAGGCCGAACUAA